ACGAGGUCGCCGCGUUUACUGGAAACCAAGGCGCUUUUGAUGGGAUGACCGGAGAAAACAGCCGAAGUUUAACAACAAAGUUUUAUUAGAACACACGUGGUGGGAAUUCAUCUUCAAGUCAAAACACAAACAGUGAAAUGGAGCUCUAAAGCAGGUAUUUGGAUCCUUGGUCCAACAGCCCCCCUCCCAGCUGGAUCUGGUCUCCUCAAGCCUCUGGCCCCCGACCAUCUUUGUCUGGCUGGUAUGUGCUGGUCCGUGAUCCCGUGACCUGUUCCAGGUCUAAAUAUAAACACCCCUCAACACCGAGGUGACAUUACGUAAUCCUGAUCAACACAUUCUCAGCGAGGCAGGGUUCGGGACGAGCUCCAGGACGUCCUGGGUGACUCUGAGAACCCAUCAGGGAUGGUUGGAAGACGAGCAGAAGCAGAACACCGAAUCAUCUUCCAGUUAUGAUCUCACAUUUGCCUUAACUUUCAGCAGAAAUGGGCAAUGGAAUAAAUAAGGUUUUACCAAAUCUGUAUCUGGGUAACUUUAAAGCUUCAGAGUGAAAUGUAAAAAUUAGCCUGCAGCGGCUCAUUGCAGGUUCCUCUUGGCCUUGGAUCUGUGGCAUCAACAGCUUUCUGCAAAACUUGCAAAGCACGAUGAAAAAAAAAAAAGUAGCUCAAAGCACAUCUGUCCAAGUUCAAAACAAGAGCAAAACUUUGAGGCCAUGAAGCCAUAUUUGCUUGAUGCUCGAGACGCGGAGCUGCUGGCCCGGCACCACAUCACCCACAUCCUCUCCAUCCACGACACGGCUGCGCCCGUCCUGGAGGACAUGAUGUAUCUCUGCAUCUCUGCUGCUGACCACUCAAAGCAGAAUCUGAUCCAGUACUUCAGGGAGAGCUUCGUGUUCAUCCACGAGUCCCGGCUGAAAGGAGAGGGCUGCCUGGUCCACUGCGUGGCCGGGGCGUCCCGCAGCGUGACCUUGGUGGUGGCGUACAUCAUGACUGUGACGGGGCGAGGCUGGGUCGAGGCUCUGGCCGCCGUCAGGUCGGCGAGGCCAUGCGCCGGACCAAACCUGGGCUUCCUGCGGCAGCUGGAGGAGUUUGAAAACUUUGAACUUGCACAAUACCGAGCCUGGUGGACAGAACGAUACGGGAAGAACUCAUUCAACGACGAAGAGGAAGUUCAGAAUCUUUUAACUCAUAAAUCUGCAACAAACAGCAUCUGUCCAGAGCUGGAGACAAGUGGGACAUGAAGAGAACAGCCUUGCAGGGAAUCAUAGACAUCAGCUUGGCUCAUUAAUGAUCAGAGUAUGAAAAAGUCUGCAACACUAACUCUCUAGUCUGUAUUGAAGUAUAUGUCCCUCUAUAUCAAAGUAUUACACUAAAUAUCAACCUCUACACUGAGCUGCACAUUUCUGUUCAGAGAUACAACUCUCUACUGACACCUGGAUGGAAAUAUAACCCUCUGCAUUAAGGUAUGAUUGUUGGUAUGGAGGUCUAAUUCUGUAUUGAGGUAUAACUGUAUGAAGGUCUAAUCCCCUGUAUCAAGGUAUAACCUUCUGUAUCGAGGUAUAACACCCUGUAUCAAGGUAUAAGCCCCUGUAUCGAGGUAUUACCCUCUGUAUUGAGGUAUAACUCUUUGUAUGGAGGUCUAACCCUCUGUAUCAAGGUAAAACCCUCUAUAUUGAGGUAAAACUCUUUGUAUGGAGGUUUAACUCUCUGUAUUGAGAUAUACCUCUCUGUAUCAAAGUAUAACCCUCUGUUUUGAGGUAUAACCCUCUGUAGUGAGGUAUUACCCUCUGUGGUGAGGUAUUACCCUCUGUGGUGAGGUAUUACCCUCUGUGGUGAGGUACAACUCUCUGUAUCAAGGUAUAACUUUCUGUAUUAAGAUUAAAGUCUUUGUAUGGAGGUAUAACCCCCUGUUUCAAAGUGCAACCCUAUUUAUUGAGGUAUAACCCCCUGUGUAAAGUUACUGUAUAACCCUCUGUAUUGAAGUAUAACUCUCUGUAUUGAGGGAUAACCUCUGUAUUGAAGUAUAACUCUUUGUAUGAAGGCAUAACUCUCGAAUUGAGGUAUAACCCCCUGUAUUGAGGUAUAACCCCCUGUUUUUAGGUAUAACUCUCUGUAUUGAGGGAUAACCCCCUGUUUUUAGGUAUAACUCUCUAUAUUGAGGUAUAACCCCCUGUUUUUAGGUAUAACUCUCUAUAUUGAGGUAUAACCCCCUGUAUUAAGGUAUAACUCUCUUUAAUGAGGUAUAACUCUCUGUAUUAAGAUAAAACCCUCUGUAUUAAGGUAUAACUCUCUGUAACGAGGUAUAACCCUAACUCUCUGUAUUGAGGAAUAACCCCCUGUAUUUAGGUAUAACCCUCUGUAUUUAGGUAUAACUCACUGUAUUGAGGUAUAACCCCCUGUAUUUAGGUAUAACUCUCUGUAUUGAGUCAUAACCCCCUGUAUUUAGGUAUAACUCUCUGUAUUGAGGUAUAACCCUCUGUAUUUAGGUAUAACUCUCUGUAUUGAGUUAUAACCCUCUGUAUUUAGGUAUAACUCUCUGUAUUGAGGUAUAACCCUCUGUAUUUAGGUAUAACUCUCUGUAUUGAGCUAUAACCCCUGUAUUUAGGUAUAACUCUCUGUAUUGAGGUAUAACCCCCUGUAUUUAGGUAUAACUCUCUGUAUUGAGCUAUAACCCCUGUAUUUAGGUAUAACUCUCUGUAUUAAGGUAUAACUCUCUGUAUUAAGGUAUAACUCUCUGUAACGAGGUAUAAACCUAACUCUGUGUAUUGAGGUAUAACCCUAACUCUCUGUAACGAGGUAUAACCUCCUAGGUAUAACUCUCUGUAACGAGGUAUAACCCUAACUCUCUGUAAUGAGGUAUAACCCUAACUCUCUGUAUUGAGGUAUAACCCUAACUCUCUGUAUUGAGGUAUAACUCUCUGUAUUAAGGUAUAACUCUCUGUAUUGAUGUAUAAAACCCCUGUAUUCAGAUGUAACUCUGAGACAUAAUCAUGUGUUUGCAGGGUGGUGGUGGUGGACAGUGGGGAUUUUAUAUCUGUCUUCAUGUCAUGUCCUUGCCUCUAACUGUCAAAACAACAUGCAAGGGCAGCCAAGCGUGACUCCAAGGAAUCCAUUCUGCAGUGCGAACACACAUUUAACAGGCCGUCAUUUCUGGUAUGCUGUGCCUUCUACUUGACAWAUGAGUAUUAGGGACUAUAAACAGCACAGAAACUGGACAAGACUGAAUUUCUCAGUAAAACAGGACAAGAAGCUGUUUUUCUAAUUAGUUGCACUUUUUUCUGUGUGUUUGUGUAUUUCUGGACACUUUGUUCACCUUCUAACGUCUGUAAAUGACAUACUAGUGUAAAAAUGUUUUCUUUAAUUAAAGUUUCAUUAAUAUGAAAA